AUGAGAGACUUGUGUAUUCCUUUGGAAUCGUAUGCCUACGACCAAGAGUUUGCUUGUGCUAUGCUGAUCGGACUACUCGAGCCGUCCCUCAAGAAAUACGACAUCAAGUUGACAGACGCACCAGAAGCUAAAGACUUGAAAGAAGAGACAAGCAUAGUAACUGCCAAGGUCGAAUCACUUUCAGUAACAGAGGACGUGUCGACACUGAUUGAGGAGAAGGUCGCUUGUCCGAAGGAGUCAGACCCUCGUGAUACUUCUCCUUCUCCUAACCAUUCUGCUUCAAGUGAGCCGAGCAAGAUUUACGGAGAAGUGGUUUCAGAGCUGGUGCAGAAUCUUUGGCGGAUAUGUAAAGAGGAUUGCGAGGUGAGACUACGAGCAAAGAUUGAAGAGAAGCAACAGCAGGUGACUGCAAGGGUGGAGGCUGUGCAAAGUUUGCGAACGCGGGCAAUCCGGGCAAUCAUGGAAGCGGAUGGUGCCCAAGUGUCAAGCCUGAACCAAUCCCCGGCAGAUGACAGAUCCAACGUGCUCCUAUACGAGACAUCUUGCAUGGUCAAUGGGAUUCCUGUCACACUUCACGUGACGUAUGGAAACUUAAUUUACCGGACAAUGGUGCCCGUGUUCGCACACAUAACUGUGGUUCCAUUCGAAGAUGUCGUGAAUAUUGUCCAAACUACCUCGUUUGGCAUUCAAGUCGUGUAUGUGGAGCUGGAUUUAUCGAAACAUGCGAAGGGGGUCACAAUUGCCAUGGGACUUGAAGUUGAUUUGCUCUAUCAGCUCUUGCACGAGCUCCUCUCAAUGCACCAGAAAGAGAUCCAGGAAACCAUUAACUCGUUGCCGCCACUGCAGCAGCAGGAAACUGAGACGAAUCCUGCUGAGCUAAAGAAGAUCUUAGGAUCGGAAGAAGAAGAGACAAAAGAAGACGAUGUACAUGUAUCCCCUGUGAGCGACUCUGCUGUUACUCCAGUAAAUGCUGACGCCGGUUCUACAGCUGCGUCGAAGUGA